AAAACUCCAAGAGUCAAGAGAGAGAAGAUAGAUUGAAGCUUCUUCUGCUACUGCUGCAAGUUGCCAACAACUUCAUCACAAUCCCAGAUUCUUUUCAAUUCCCAUUACUUAUGCCACUUCCUCGAAUCUCAGCAACUCGUUUUUGCUUUGUGAAGUUGGUGAACGACAAGUCUCAGAAAUUUUGGAUCUGUUUGCAGCGAAACCCUAAUUUUGUGUCUUUGGAAAGUGAGGUUUUCUUUUGAUGGGAACUGAGGAUGGGACUAGCAAUGCUGGUCAGGACAGACCAGAUCGGAGUUUGGACUUUGAAGCUGUGAAUAAUGGGGUGGCAAUUGAAAGUGGAAGUGGUGGUGUUGAAGGUGAAGAAGUUUGGGUCUUGAAGAAUGAAGUUAUAAACAAAGGGGUGGUGAUUGCUGAUGGGAAUGGUGUUGCUGUUUGGGUCUCAAAGAACAAAGUUAUAAAUGAUGGUGUGACAAUUGCUGAUGGGAAUGAUAUUGCUAAAGAUGAAGGAAUUCAAGGCUUGAAGAAUGAAGCUGUAAAUAUUGGGGUGGCAGUUGCUAAUCCAAAUGGUAUUGCUGAAGGUGGAGAACUUCAGGCCUUAAAAAAUGAAGCUGUAAAUAAUGAGGUGAUAAUUGCAGAUGGGAAUGGUGUUGCUAACUGUGGAGAAGUUUGGAGCUCAAAAAAUGAAGCUGUAAAUAAUGAGAUGGUAAUUACUGAUGGGAAUGGUGUUGCUAAAGGUGCAGAGGGACGGUGCUUGAAGAAUAAAGCAGUAGAUAAUGGAGUGGCAAUUGUACAUGGGUUUGGUGUUGCUGAAGAGAACACUAGUGCAAUUGAAUGUUUUCGAACUUACAAGAGGCGCAAGCGUGUGAAGUCAAGUUCAGAAAACAAAAUCCAGAAAGACAGUAGAGAAUAUGUGGAAGCUGAAAGCCAUUUGUCUGACCAGGCGGUUAAGAAACUGUAUGAUUUAGCUGUAGGCAAUACUUCAAAAGAUUAUUCUCAUGGACAUUGGGGGAAUGUUGUACUAAAGCAUUUAUAUCAUUCAUUAGGCAAUGAUAAUGGUGGCAUGGAGUGGUGCAUAAGGGAAGCGCUCAUCAGUCAUCCUAAAACUAAUUGUGCCACUAUGAUGAUGGAAACUUCUAAAAUUGACAAGGAUGGUAAAGCAUGCUCUUCUCAAUUUGAGUGUUUGUCUCUUAGAUUACAGAGUGAAGCUGAUGGGCAUGCAAAUUUUAUGCAUAAUGAAUUUUCUAAUGGGUCAGAUGGUCGUGGUGCAACUGAGAAGUGUCAGCGUGUACUCUCCAAUGUCUUAGCCUCUGAAAAGUUCAGUUCAUUAUGUAAAGCUCUACUUGAAAAUUUCCAAGGAAUGAAACCCGAAAGUGUAUUUGAUUUUAGUGCAAUAAACUCAAGGAUGAAAGGACAAGCUUAUGAACAAUCACCUACACUUUUCUUAUCAGAUGUUCAACAGGUUUGGAGAAAUCUUCAAAAUACUGGAAAUCAGAUUGUUGCUAUAGCUAAGAGCCUCUCCAAAAUGUCAAAAGCUUCCUUCUGUGAGCAGAUGGGAAUUUCAGCACCAAGCCCAUUUGAAGAUGAAAAACAAGUGGAAUCCAACUCUCACAUGAAACUAGAGCGGACAGAAGAAUGUGCUACAUACAAAAUUGGCAUUUGUAGGCAUUGUGGAGAUAAAGCAGACUGGACAAACUGUUUAGUUUGUGAUUCGUGUGAGGAGAUGUAUCAUGUGUCCUGUAUUGAGCCUGCUGUGAAAGAAAUACCCCACAAAAGCUGGUUCUGUGCCAAUUGUACUGCUAGUGGAAUUGGAUCUCGACAUGAGAACUGUGUGGUGUGUGAACAGUUGAAUGUCCCAAAGACCCUUAACAACAUUUCUGGUGAAGAAAGCAUCCCUAUAAACGAGGACACACUGCAUGAAUUGGAAGAGAAUUCAAAUUGUACAUAUGAUAGGGUUGAAGUUUCCGUAGGUGGGAAAAACUCAUCUGACUGCAAAAUUUGUAAAAUGGAGGUGAAUGGUGAAAAGAUAAAAGUCUGUGGUCACCCUUUCUGCCCCAAUCAAUACUACCACGUAAGGUGUUUGUCAAGUAAGCAGCUUAAGUCAUAUGGUAGCUGUUGGUAUUGCCCUUCUUGUUUAUGUCAAGUUUGCCUCAUCGAUAAAGAUGAUGAUAAGAUUGUACUCUGUGAUGGCUGUGAUCAUGCAUACCAUAUCUACUGUAUGAAACCUCCACGAAAUUCUAUUCCAAGGGGGAAAUGGUUGUGCAGAAGAUGUGAUGCCGGGAUCCAAGCAAUACGUAAAGCAAGAAAGGCACAUGAGUGUAACAAGUGGAAAGCUGGUGUGAAUGAUUCAAAGCCAAAUGAUAGUGCUGAUAAGAAAUGGAGCAACAAGCAAGCCCGGGAAGCAGACAAAGUUGGAGGAAUGGACAUGCUUUUAACUGCAGCAAAUACUCUGAAUUUUGAAGAGGACUUGAAUGCAAUCCAGAUUGAUUCAAAGAGAACAUUAACAUUUUGCUGACGUUUGGAUACAUGGCUUUGGAAAGAAAGGAUUAUAAAGGUCAAAGAGCAAAGAGCAUCAACAGAAACUGUGAUAAGUGACAUAUGCUAGAUUUUGCUGGCCAGAUACUGUUGUAAACUUGUUAUAGAUUGAUAUGAAAUUUAAUUGGCUGUGUUGCUCCAUGUGGAAUAUAAAAGUUGGAUUGUCAUUCUUUUAAGCCAAUAUUUCAUUAAAUUUGUAUGAUUGAUGUCCAAUUACUUGAUAAUCUAAAGGAAUGAUUUUUUUAUCCAU